GGGGGAAUCCUUAGAAUAGCCAGACUCAUAGUCAGCGCUCCAUCAAUAUUUGUGAAUGAGAUGCAGUAUUUUCCUGACACCGCCCUAAUCUUUCUUUCUUUUCUGCCCGCACCCCUUCUCCCUGCAGAUCUUUUUCUGGAGUCCUGAGAGGCAGGUUAUGGGCAGGACUGCCUCUGGUCUGCACCAUGAAGUCUGAACCUGCUCCCGCUCUGCCCUGGGCCCUGCUCUGCCUGAGCACUCAGCUUUGGGCUGCCCUGCUCCCUGCAGCCCCCCGCUGCUAGGAGGUAAAACUUCAGGACUGGUCCUUGGCCUGUUUUUGCCUUUCACCUGGCUCACCUCACUGCUCACGCCUCCUCCAUCACGGCACCCCCAGCCCAGCCCUCUCCCCGGCCUCCCCGGCUGGGGCAUUUGGGGGUCCUUUGGGAGGAGUGCAGUGCUGAAGGCUUCCUCCUGCCGUGGACCUUCUUCUCCUUGAAUCAAGGCCUCCGGAUCCACAUGGAUAGCUGAGAUCUUUUCUUGGAGAAAGACACUUUGCUCCUCACUCUAAUCCCACAUUUUCCCACUCGACUUUCCUCCUCUUCUGCUGCCCGGUCUUUCCCCCCUGCUUCUUUACUGGAUUUCUUGCUCGUGCACCCAUCUGGGGCCGUCUUGUUCACUUUCCUUCUUCCUCACCCUCUGGAUAUUUGUGCGUGUGCCUCCUUCCCUUUGUGUGCUCUCUGUACCCCCCUACCCAUCUCCUCUUCCUCUCUCCCUUCCCGCUGCCAAGGGGGAUUGUUCCCCUCAGGGCUGUUCCUUGCCAGUCUGCUCCUCUGGCCUCAGUCCUGGCAGCCACAAUGAGCUUCACUGCCCACUCGGUUUUCUUCACCCUGAAGGUGAGUGUCCUGCUGGGGUCACUGCUGGGGCUCUGCCUGGGCCUCGAGUUCAUGGGCCUCCCCAACCAGUGGGCCCGUUACCUCCGCUGGGAUGCCAGCACGCGCAGUGACCUGAGCUUCCAGUUCAAGACCAAUGUCUCCACGGGGCUGCUCCUUUACCUGGACGAUGGCGGCGUCUGUGACUUCCUCUGCCUUUCCCUGGCAGAUGGCCACGUGCAGCUCCGCUUCAGCAUGGACUGUGCAGAGACCGCUGUGCUGUCCAAAAAGCAGGUGAAUGACAGCAGCUGGCACUUCCUCAUGGUGAGCCGGGACCGCCUGCGCACGGUGCUGGUGCUUGACGGUGAGGGCCAGGCGGGCGAGCUGCAGCCCCAGCGGCCCUACAUGGAUGUGGUCAGUGACUUGUUCCUUGGCGGAGUCCCCGCGGACAUACGACCUUCUGCCCUGACCCUUGAUGGAGUACAGGCCAUGCCCGGCUUUAGAGGAUUAAUCCUGGAUCUCAAAUAUGGCAACUCAGAGCCUCGGCUUCUGGGGAGCCAAGGUGUCCAGUUGGAUGCUGAGGGACCCUGUGGUGAGCGUCCCUGUGAAAAUGGUGGGAUCUGCUUUCUCCUGGAUGGCCACCCCACCUGUGACUGUUCCACCACUGGCUAUGGUGGCAAGCUCUGCUCAGAAGCAAUUCAAGAGCAGGAAGAGCUGGGAGGUCUCCUGCAGCUUCAGAUGGAUGUGGUCGGGGCCUAUCAGAGGCGAUCUCUGUGGUCCAUUAGCUUCUAG